GGCCAGUCUUAGCGACUGACGUCACCGUCGCUGGUAAACCAGUUGUUUAGAAGAAAAGGGAAUUAACGCCAAGCGGAAGAUAUAACCUCUUCAAAUUUGGGGGGUUUUGCACGUUUUAUGACCGAGGGUUAGUUUUUUUUUCUUCAGGCAUGUCGACCCCGGCUAGAAGACGGCUUAUGAGAGAUUUUAAAAGACUUCAAGAAGACCCCCCCACUGGCGUUAGCGGAGCACCAUCAGAAAACAAUAUCAUGCUUUGGAACGCCGUUAUUUUUGGGCCUGUGGGAACGCCAUUUGAAGACGGAACUUUUAAGCUUGUGAUAGAGUUUUCAGAAGAAUACCCAAAUAAGCCGCCAACAGUUCGAUUUGUCUCCAAAAUGUUCCACCCAAAUGUUUAUGCAGAUGGCAGUAUAUGUUUAGACAUCCUACAGAAUCGCUGGAGCCCCACGUACGAUGUCUCCUCCAUACUCACCUCAAUCCAGUCAUUGCUGGAUGAGCCAAACCCCAACAGUCCAGCCAACAGCCAGGCGGCGCAGCUCUAUCAGGAAAACAAGAGGGAGUACGAGAAGCGGGUGUCUGCCAUCGUUGAGCAAAGCUGGGUGGACAUCUGAGCACGUCUGGGACCGUGUCUGCCCUCGCUUGUGCUCUCUCACUCUUUCAUACUCUUCUCACGCUCCUCCUCUUCCUCUCUGCCAGCCCCGUCUUCAUCCCUGUACUCCAACCGUAUCUUUUUUCUUUUUUUUUUGUCACCACAUCUCGACAGACGACAGUGACAACGUCAGAGCAACACAAGUGCCACCCCCCCUCCAAAACAAAGAAAACGAAAACGAAAAUAACGACAUCCAUGAUUGAUCUGCAGCAGAAUGGACUCUAACUUGCUUUCCAACACAUUUUAGGACAAAAGGAGAGGGGAAGGAGAGGGCGGGGAUCAAUCUUUUUCUUGUCCUUUUUUUACUUUGCAUGAUGUGAAAUAAGUUAUUGCUAACAGAUUUUGUAAUAUAUCUUUUUUUUCUUGUUGUUUGGAUUGAUGCUGUUUUAGUCUAAAAGUUUUUAUUUCAGUUUUUAAUUUUGUAACAACUCCAGGUGUGAGCAUAACCGAGCUGUUUUGUUUUUGGAAAAAGGGUAGAUAGAUGACCAUAUCUUCAUAUUAUAAAAGGCACUGUCAAGUAAAUCCAGUAACGCUGUUCCAUGUCAUCAGUAUUAAUCACUUUUGUCCCAGACGUAUUGCGGAAAAUGUCCAAUUACAAAGGCCAAAAGAAAAACGGCUACUCCCUUGUUCUUUUCAAAGCACUCAUCUCAUUUGAAGAGACUAAAUCUCCAGACUGGUAGGCGUCACAGGCUGCAGCCUGGCAAAGUGUCCCUGGUGCUCAUGACUCACAGCCCCUGCGCGCCGGAGAGCCCUGCUCCAAGGAGGAGGUUUAAGAGAUGAUAUUUGUGGAGAAGAAAGUCAACUGUGUUGUAAUUCGAGAACCAGCAGCGGACAGGAACCAUACACAGGUGAUUAUUGUUAAAAUGAUCCAUGGGUAUCUCGGAGAAGAAAAACACACGUUGAUAGUAUUUUGUUCAGAGGUGGCCACCUGAACGUCCCCUGACCAUGACCACUUGUUUCAGUUAUGCACUAAACCAUAUUAACCAUAUCCAUGUGAAGUCAGACUCCAGCCUAACUGGCAUCAUGCACAUAUCUGUUUCAGGGUUCUUCAGGUGGAUAGGACUCUGAACCUGACAGUAGCACAAGGAGGAUUUUGCACCAAAAUUUAUUUAGUACAAUUGAUAUUUAUCCUUAAUUUUAUAUUUGAAUGUGUUUUCAUUUUUGAAUGAUGGAAUCACAAUGAUGUACGUGUAUCUUUCACAUAACAUUUUAUGUGGGGCAGCUGCAGAUCAAGACUAGAAUCGGACAAAAGCACUGACAGUAACUAAGGCUAGACAGAAACGUUAUCCAGACACUGGAUACGGGGGUAAACAUGUUGAAAUCUGGGGCAGGACAUCAUGUCACCUUCUCCUUGGAGCCAACAUAACAAAGCAGUGUUGGAAGUACCAGCUCCCCCCCCCCCCCUUUUCUCUCCAAUUGCAUCCAGUUAAUUACCCCACUCUUCCGAGCCAUCCUGGUCGCUGCUCCACCCCCUCUGCCGAUCCGGGGAGAGCUGCCGACUACCGCAUGCCUCCUCCGAUACACGUGGAGUCGCCAGCCGCUUCUUUUCACCUGACAGUGAGGAGUUUCGCCAGGGGGACGUAGCAUGUGGGAGGAUCACGCUAUUCCCCCCAGUCCCCCCCCCCCCGAACAGGCGCCCUGACCGACCAGAGGAGGCGCUAGUGCAGUGACCAGGACACAUACCCACAUCUGGCUUCCCACCCACAGACACAGCCAAUUGUGUCUGUGGGUGGGCUGUACCAGCUUUUAACACAGUACUCACUUUCUGCCCUGUAUCAUCAGUAUGACUACAUUAAUUGCCUCUGAUGGGAGGUUGGAAAAAAAAGACCAUGGUGCCAACUCUCUCUCCUCACAAUAGGAGACUUGCCCUGUUGCCUGCGACGCCUACGAGUCCCAAGAUAUUGCUUUGAAUCAUACGGCUGAUGUUAGCUGAAAACCUCCUAUGGCUGCAUUCUCCUUCAAACAAAAAGCACCUUGUUUUCUUUGCUGACUAAAUUUAAAGUGAAACAUCAAGACCUUGAGGACCGUGACCCUCCCAUCACGCGGCUUGGGACAAUAUCGGGCGGUUCAGUAUGAACCUCUAACCCAAGCUGUAGGGUGUUUUCACACCUUCAGUUUGUCUCCGCUAUCUGUGGGGCGCGGUUUAAAAAGGCAACUUGACACAAGUGGAGGAUAACAAGUCGACAGUGUUUAGCAGCUACUGCUAAAUGGUCAGUCUUCAUCAAACCCAAAUGUCACAUCUUUUCUGAGACUAGAAAUCAUAUUGUGGUUAGAGAAUUAUUUCAGCUUAUAAGAAGGAAUAUGCUAUAAAUUUUAUGAAUUUACUUAAGAGGAAAAACCAUGUAUACUUCUGACAAAUAUGCUGUAUAAACAUAAUAAAACAUGUUUUUCAGACUUUGA